AUGUCUGCUCCAUCUAUUCAGCCAUUACACCAAGCACAAGCUUCGGUCCCAAACUUACACAAAUCCAUGUUCAAAAGACAAGACCAUGUUACAGUUCCAGUCAAAAAUAAAUUCGCGUCUCCAACUGACGAUAUGCUGUCACCAUGCUCUCAAAAACUAAACGAUCACAAAUCUAAACUGUUCUCAUCUAAGGCGAAUCCCACAAAGCUGAAUUUCGCUACAAAACAAAGCGGAGAAGAUUCCGAAGACGAGUAG